AUGAGCAGGCAGAAGGGAUCCAUGGAAAAGAUGAACAUAGCCAUGUUGGCUAUAACCUUAUUCAUGUUUGCGGUCUCGACUACCGUCUGGGCGCUGUCCUUGGCUAGCAUAGUCGAAAUGGUCAAGAUCAUCCAUCUAUCCGACCCCACAAGAUCGCCCGAAGACAUAAGUCAUGCGUUAGUUCAAUCAAGCAAUGCUUUGUACGGCAAGGCUGAGCUCGUGUUCAUAAUUAAUUUUAUUCUCAGCGAUUGUGUCGUCGCUUGGAGAGCAUGCGUGUUGUGGCAGGGCAGCAAGCGCAAAAUGAUCAUCCUUUUUUGUUUCCUGUCAGGUUGUGGCAUCGGAUGCAUUUCAAAUACCAUCAAAGACAAUGGGUUUUGUAAUGAUACGCAGUAUAUCGGCUUGGGGAUAUCAUUGUCGAUCAAUAUGCUUGCUACCAUAUUAGUUGGAAACACUGCUUGGAGGCACAGGCGAUUUAUUAUGAACACGCUGGGACACAGCAGUAGGCGAACACAGGUCGAGAAGAUUUUGGUUCUACUCAUAGAGUCUAGUGUGCUUUACUGUUUCGCAUGCGUGAUGCUCAUCGUCUGCUCAUUCAUUCGGCUUCCUAGUGGCUUUGUUGGCAUCUACCCUACCGUCCUACUCCUCCUCGUCGCCUUCAAGCGUACAAUAUGGGAUUUCCCCGGAAAUGCCUCUCAGGUUGGUCCGUCUGACAUCCACUAUGCCUCUGGAAGUGUCACGGGUGUCCAGCAGCGCCGUACAAGUGACCGGGAUCUGUCAAGCUCUGAAUGUGUGCGAGCAGAUGAAUUGAAGCCUUUUUGGUCAGCUGCCAGAGAUCAGAGACGGGAUUACGAGCACGCUAUUGUUUUAUCUCACCGUGUCCAGUUCCUAUCAAUGAUGCCAGGUGUCACCUGGGGGAUGGAACAUAGUGUGAUCAUCUUUGAGUUUCGAUGCAACACUGAGUUUCUAAUUGCUUUCAAGAUCAGAGGCUUGACCAAGGCCGAGGAAAGCCUCAUACAUGAUUGCCCCGUCGCGACAGUCAAAAGCGCAUUGUUUAAAGUAGAGUAUCCUAAAAGAAAAGCCACUGACGGCGCGGGUACCAUGAGUGGCACUAGGCAAUCCAUGCCACGGCUGAACGUUUUGAACGUUGAGCAUCGGAUGCCAUUUGUGAGUGUCCAAAUGAGCACGCGCUGCACCACGCAACCAAAGCGAGAUCCUUUGCUAUACCCUCGAAAAUAA